GCCCAGCGACAGCCAGUUCCUCUCCCACCGCGCCGGGCCGCGCCGCUCGCCCUGCCCCGGCCCCGGCGCCUCCGGGCCCGCCGCGCUGCAGCCUCCCGCCCGCGGCAGGCGGGGCAGCCGCCGCCUCCCUCCGGGCUCCGGCCUCCGGCCCGCAGCCCCCGGCCCCGCGCCGGCGCUCCCGAUCCGCACCCCCCUCUCCAGGAGGGCCCCUCCGGGCUGUCCCGGCGCGCGCCUCCAGCUCUGAACUCAAGUCACCGUGGAGUUCCGCCACCGCCGCCCCGAAACUUCCACGGCGAGCGGGAAAUAUGGGAUGUAUAAAAUCAAAAAGGAAAGACAAUCUGAAUGACGAUGGAGUAGAUUUGAAGACUCAACCAGUACGUAAUACUGACCGAACUAUUUAUGUGAGAGAUCCAACGUCCAAUAAACAGCAAAGGCCAGUUCCAGACUCUCAGCUUUUACCAGGACAGAGGUUUCAAGCGAAAGAUCCGGAGGAACAAGGAGAUAUUGUGGUGGCAUUGUACCCUUACGACGGCAUUCACCCAGAUGACUUGUCAUUCAAGAAAGGGGAGAAGAUGAAAGUCCUGGAGGAGCAUGGGGAGUGGUGGAAAGCCAAGUCCUUAUCAACCAAGAGAGAAGGCUUCAUCCCCAGCAACUACGUGGCCAAAGUUAACACCUUAGAAACGGAAGAGUGGUUUUUCAAGGAUAUAACCAGGAAGGAUGCAGAACGACAUCUUCUAGCACCAGGGAACAGUGUGGGAGCUUUCCUUAUCAGAGAAAGUGAAACGUUAAAAGGAAGUUUCUCUCUCUCUGUCAGAGACUACGACCCUGUACAUGGCGAUGUUAUUAAGCACUACAAAAUCAGAAGUCUGGACAAUGGGGGUUAUUACAUCUCUCCGAGAAUCACAUUUCCCUGUAUCAGUGACAUGAUUAAACAUUACCAAAAGCAGUCAGACGGCUUGUGCAGAAGGCUGGAGAAGGCAUGCAUUAGUCCCAAACCCCAGAAGCCAUGGGAUAAAGAUGCCUGGGAGAUCCCCAGGGAGUCCAUUAAACUGGUGAAAAAGCUCGGCGCGGGACAGUUUGGGGAAGUCUGGAUGGGUUACUAUAACAACAGCACUAAAGUGGCCGUGAAGACCCUGAAGCCUGGCACCAUGUCUGUGCAAGCCUUCCUGGAAGAAGCCAACCUCAUGAAGAGCCUGCAGCACGACAAGCUCGUGAGGCUCUACGCCGUGGUCACCCGGGAGGAGCCCAUCUACAUCAUCACCGAGUACAUGGCCAAGGGCAGUUUGCUGGACUUCCUCAAGAGUGACGAAGGCGGCAAGGUGCUGCUCCCAAAGCUCAUUGACUUUUCAGCUCAGAUUGCGGAGGGCAUGGCGUACAUCGAGCGGAAAAACUACAUCCAUCGUGACCUGCGCGCAGCCAACGUCCUGGUAUCGGAGUCACUCAUGUGCAAGAUCGCAGAUUUUGGCCUGGCUAGAGUCAUAGAGGACAACGAGUACACGGCAAGGGAAGGUGCUAAGUUCCCCAUUAAAUGGACAGCUCCAGAAGCCAUCAACUUCGGAUGCUUCACUAUCAAGUCUGACGUUUGGUCCUUUGGGAUUCUCCUGUAUGAAAUUGUCACCUAUGGGAAGAUCCCCUAUCCAGGGAGAACCAAUGCGGACGUGAUGACUGCACUGUCUCAGGGCUACCGGAUGCCUCGCAUGGAGAACUGCCCAGAUGAACUCUAUGAAAUCAUGAAAUUGUGCUGGAAAGAAAAGGCUGAAGAGAGGCCAACAUUCGAUUACCUACAGAGCGUCCUGGAUGAUUUCUAUACCGCCACUGAAGGGCAGUAUCAGCAGCAGCCCUAGCUUGCAGGAGAGAGGUCUCAGGAUGAGAUGAAGUCGCCAUCCCUGGUAGCCCGGGGCAUCCACACAUCUGGCUGGCGUCAUCUGCACCUAGGGUGUCUCAGGAAGACGGUCCUGGUGUGGAGGAGCAUUCUGUAUCUCAGCUGGGCAUCCCAUCCUGCCGGAUCAACAUCCGUCUUCUGAGGACAGAACAACUCUUCUCUCCAAAAAUGAACCCACACUGCUCAUGUGAACACAAUGAAGACAUAGGACCCCAAAGUUCAGAGACCAGUGCAACAAUCCCCAGUAAUAGCAGAACUAAACUCGUCUGUUUAGCAAAACAUAACCUCGUGCAUAGCACUUCAUUGUGUUUUCCCCUCUGCUUUGGCUUUUUUUUUUUUUAACUUACUAAUCCAAUCUUUUAGAUUUUGCAGGUGAAGUCAGCAGCUUCAAGAUGUAUUUCGAUGCUUUUGUUCUUUGGAUUCCAUUCCCUCUGUCUUGGAAAUAUGACAGUUAUUAUCACAGGAGUUGAUAAAUCAGUUGGGCAGCCAGCAGGAAGGCCGCCCCCUGCAGGACAGUUGUUUAUGUGCACUCACCAAGGCCAGGCCCCCUUGCCCAGGGCUUCUAGCCCAGGCCUCCCAGAGAAGGGAAAGAGCCUCAGAAACCACUCUGCUUUGCAAAGGAAUAUUUUUAACCACCCAGAUUUUUAAUUCUAGGGUUUACAAAAGACUUUGGAUGCUGCCUUUUAGAAGAACAAUACGAUCCUAAUUCCUGCUGAACUUUGCAAAGUAUAAACAUUUCCUUCAUCGCUUCAAAUGAUUUGAACAUUAUUUUAAGGAUCAAAUAUUAAUUUUAAUUGUACUCUAGAAAGUAAAGGUAAUAACAAUUCCAGGUUUGAGGCCCUUUUGUGAUUUAUCGAUCUUUUCUAGGUUGUUUAUGUGUAUGAGACUAUUUAUACCCAAGAAUAUGAACAAAGGUGACUCCAAAGGGCCAGGAGCUAACGUGGCAAGAGGCAGAGAGGUUUUGUUUACUCCGUUUUUCUACUGUGAGUGCCUCUGUGUGACUGCAAUGACAUUUCAUUUCACUUAUGCUAAUAUGUACAGACCUAAUGAUUCUAUUUUUGAUUUUGUUUUAAUAUACCUGGUCCAAUAACAUGUCAAA